CGAGAGGGGAUUUAUUUCCGGGUUUCAGGACGGAGAUGGCGUUGCCAUGGUAUUCGAAGAAAAGCCCGCAAAGCAAACACUGCCUUUGGCUUAAGCUAGCUAAUGAACUAGACGACGGUGACGGCUCAAUACUUCGUCCAACCCGUAAAAAAAGGGAGGACUAGAUGGCUAGAUUGGGAAGAUCAUGAUGAAGCUGAAAACCUGUCUUGUAUUCUCGUCUCAAAGUGACUCCAGUCCCAUCUGUUCAGUUUGGCUACCAGCAGAUUUAGGACUGAAGGGCUCUCUGCCUGGAUGACAAGCACACAGCCUACGUCCCUGAACACUGGUGAAAUUGCACAGGAACGAAGAAGAUGGAAGGACCUCUGAGUUUUAAUUUUUUGUUUUAACAGAACAUGAAAUUUGACUGUAAUUAGGAGUUGAAUGAAUGUUUUAUAAUACUAAAUGAAGAUUUAAAGGCAUCUAAACAUCAGUGGGUUGUGGAAACCAAAGUAAAGCUGGUUACCAGGCUCAAGGUGGGGAGACGGGUAGCCUGAAGGGCUAGCAACCGGAGGGUCGACGGACUGAAAUCCAGAGCCCUAUACCGGAGACGGAGAAGCUAGAGGCUGUGGACGUGUGAAGUUAAUCCCAGCUGUGUGCAGGUGUUCCUGGGCUAUGUAGCCAGACUUACCCCCGAGCAUGCUCCAGACCAACAACUACUCGCUGGUCCUUCUGGUCCAGCUGGGUCUGCUGACCUAUGACCUGUUCGUCAACUCCUUCAGCGAGCUGCUCAGGGCAGCGCCCGUCAUCCAGCUAGUGCUGUUCAUUAUCCAGGAUAUAGCCGUCCUGUUCAACGUGAUCAUCAUUCUGCUGAUGAUGUUCAACACGUACGUGUUCCAGGUCGGCCUGGUCGCUCUGCUACUGGAGAGGUUUAAAGGCUUGCUGGUGCUGUCUGCCAUCUACCUCACUCUCAGCAUCUCCUUUCACUGCUGGGUAGUGAACCUGAGAUGGCUGGAAUCGAAUCGUUUCAUCUGGACGAACGGCCUGCGGGUCCUCUUCGUCUUCCAGAGGGUUGCUGCAGUUUUGUAUUUCUACGUGUACAAACGGACAGCAGAGUGUCUGGGCGACCCGCGGCUCUAUCAGGAUUCUGUCUGGCUGAGGGAUGCCUUUGCCAGAGCUCGUCAGUGAGAAGGAGGAAAUGGAAGGAACAAUUACACCCCCCCCCCCAAAAUGACUUAUUACCAGGCGAGGCCUGCCAGGCUCUGUGGUGACUCACUUGCCUGGGUGAGCCAUGUUCGUUAGGCAUGAAACUGAAACGGGGAGGGACUUCCCUGGCCUUGUCCAAUAAGAAAUGGCCAUUAUUGUUUUCUCGCUUCAAAGCGGUUUGCCCAACUGAAAAUGACUCGGGGUUAGGAUGGAGCUGACGGAGAAGUGAGAAACGGCAAUGGGUUUGUACAGCAGGAUGGAUCAAGUCAAUGUACCACACUACAUGAAUAUGGACUAAUGUUGUAACAAGAAGACAAGACACUAAAGGACAAUCUGAGGCAGAUAUUUUUUUAAACAGUACAUUUAUAAUGACAGCUAUUAAUUUAGUGUUUUUACUAAGAUGGAAUAAAUUAGCAUCCCAAAUUGCACCCUAUUCCCUAAUAUAGUGCACUAAAUGGCGAAUAGAAUGCAUUUUGGGAUGCACGCCUGGUUCUGUGAACAACAGGUUCUGUGAACAACAGUGUAUAAGAGUUGUUACUGGUCCCCUCUCAGGUGAGAGAGGGGAAGUCCUGGGGCUCGACUCCAUCCAGUCUGUGUUGUAGCAUCAAGGUCAUUUCCUGGUGAGGGCCACGUUUACCGUGAAGGAAGUCUACGCUAUAAUGCUGAUCUUCUGCACUACACAUUGAAUGAAGCCUCUGGUUCAGUUUGUCCUGUAGAUAAGAUGUGCUGUUUACAAAGUUGAUGGAUAUUUGUUUUUCAAAGUUCAAAUUUUCAAUCAAACACUUUUUAUAUCUUUUUUUAUUUUAUAAAAAUAAAUGUUUUGUUUUCUUAACUCGU